AUGCCGUGGCCAGGAUCCAAGGUUUUGAAGAAGCUGAAGUCGCGAAAAUCCGACACUGACAGUUGUUUUAGCCUGCCCCCGCCCGGACCCAGUUUGUUUAAGUCGACCAUACAGGCGCAACAAUCGGUCUCGGAGUCGGUGGGCCGUAGGAAUGUGCUGUUUCGAGACAACCGCCUCCCAGACGGAAGCAGUGCCAGUCAACAGUUUGUGCCACGACCACGACUUCCCAGCUAUUCUGGCUCCCUGGACUACUGCGGUCCACAGGUCAGAUCCUCGCCGGCAACGCCAGUCCUCUCGGGUAGAAUGCCUCCGGCGGGCACGGCGAUCCCCUCUCUUGCCUCCUAUCCAGUCUCCUAUCAGUCGAACUGCUACGUGGAGUACGAUGGGAUGUCAGCCCGGAGCGCCUCAACCCUCCAGCGACCGAGGCUGACCAACCUCUCUGAUUUCAACCUGCCCACAGAGCCCGUCCCCACCAACUUUUCAGCUCGCCAGCCACUGCCGCCGUCGCGGAGGGCCUUCGACGCGGACAUUCCCUCGCCAGACUAUCCCGUCCUGCCCUCCUCGACGUCCAGUAAUUCCAAUCGUGACAGUGGACUUGAUUCCGACUCACGAUCAUCCUCCGGUCCCAAACCGACCUAUUCACCCUUCAAGAGAGGCGCGGAGCAUUGUCAAGUGAGUAAACUGUAAAAAUAUCAUAAAGCAGUCCUGAUGGGAAGUAGCAUCUGAUCUCCUGUGACCUUGAAAGCGAUUUCUGGUUGGCUAGAGCGACACGCCUCUGAUCGAGUCUAAAUCAAUUGUCAAAGAGCGUUGAGGUUCUUUGGCAGACUGAUUUAAAACGUUUCCUGGCGAGCUGGUUAAGAGCUGCCUAGACUGGCAUACUGCCUUAAAAGUCCACUGACGCAGGAUUUUGCGAAAUGCUAAUAACUUUUUUGUUUUGGGGACAUGCUUUUCUCCUACCUUGAAAUGCAGUGAGCGACCGAUCUCAUGAAAUGUUAGCCAAAAUUUUGAAAUGCGUUUUCGAUUGGAAAGUAUUACUUACGUGGGGUUGUAAUAAUGACUAUCGUGGGGCAUAAUCCUAUGAUAUUUGAGACUGACCAUGAUUUUUGCUUUCUAAUGCCGUUUUUUGUGACUUCCUGAAUUAGGAAGUGUGGUUUUUUACAUCGAAUCUAGAUGGUGCUGAAAAUUCAAAUAUAUUUGAUGGAAAACAUGCACAAAAUACGCUUUCAUUUACUCAUUUGAUAGCAUAUCACGCCGACUUCAUAUUUACACACGAAGAAAGGGUACAUCUAGGUUUUGAAAAAGUUUUCCAUUUCCGGAAUAAUUUUGAACCAGGUCAGCCGCUACAUCAAUGUUUAGCGACUUAGGUGUACUUUUCGAGCAAGCAAGGGUCGACUGGAGUUGGAUUCACGUUUUUGAUUACCACUCGCGGAUCUUCUGACUAAACAGAUGGAACUUGUUAGUGUCAGUAGAUCGAUAAAAUUGAGCCUAUUUCUUGUCACUACAUACUGUGGAGAAACGACAUAGUCGACCAGAUAAAUUUGCAGUCAGCAUGUUUCAAAACAAUGUAAAAUAGUGGCGACAUAUAGAACAUAAAACUACGCAGGCGAUGCGCUGAAUAUUUUCUACAGGAAGAGUCUUUGCCUUACACAAAAGUAGCUUUUUCCACCUUUAUCAAUCGAAGUCCUGUUGGCUUAUGUCGCUACGGACGACUCUGAUGGAAAGAUGGGGUCAGCGUCCCCUAUGACGCCAAACCAUUCUUAUCGAAGUCUCGUUUUCUGCUUUGAGUAGUCGGAUUGCUGGGCUUCCUGAGUCGUGAAUACCUAUGAAGCGAGGAUGGCGAGUUGACCCGCAUCUUGCUAAAAUAUUAUUUGUUAUAUGAUUGUGAAAUGACCCUAGUUUGGCAUUAUAGACGGGCGAUCAUUUUUGAGAAAUACUUGCAGUGGGGUUACGAGGGCAACUGUUAGGAUUGGGAUCGGGGAUAAAGUUAGAACACAGGAAUAAGCAUUCCUGGAAUGUAGCGCAAAGCCACCCGUAGUACGGGAGAUCAUUUAUCCCCGAGUCCAACCACAUGCACUGUAUGCUUCGACCAGUUGUAGUCUACUGGUUUCUUUAAGCACAGUCGCCCUCCCAUCACUGUAAGGCUCUGAAAUUAAUAUGACCCAGGACUACAUAUGUACGUUCUACGGUCUUAUAUACAGCCUGUCUGUUACCUUGGGCGCGAUAGGAACAACGGACUCAUAUGCCCGAGGUCGAUCUGCAAAGCACCUUAAACUUUAAAUCAGCGUCAUUCGAGUUGAUUCCUUGAAAAUAUUCAGUAGUCGAAUUCCUAAUUACCCCGCGUUUCGAUUUCACAAAAUGCAGUCCCCGAAGAAUAUUCGAUGAGAUCAACGGUGUUUAUCAAGACCCCAAAAACGCAAUUUGUUUGAACGAAUGGAGCACUUUAAAUUAUUUUUAUAAAUACCCAAUUCUUUUAAAUUUGCGAAGGAGUACUAAUUGUAAAGCCUCUAUGUAUAACCUCUCGAGCAACAGCGUCGAUAGUACUUAUGGAGCGACAGUAAAGUCGUAUUAACUUGGAUUCAGAGAUUCCUAACUGGCUACAAUUCGAGGUGCCACAGGUGUGCGCGAUAGUACUUUGGUUUACUCACCCAGUGUUAGAGGCCAUUCUGAUGAGGAGACAAAAGGGAGCGAAACCACCGGAGAUAUAAACUCGUGUUUCACCCACUCCAUUGCCAAGUUCCAAAAUAAAAAAACACACAAGCACAUAAAAUACAAUUAAUGUGACGCGCGCGCUUCCCAUCCAUGGGCAUUCGGCACGUCGCAUCAACGAUGGUUUCCUUGGAAAACUUUACAACUUGGCUACUGAUAUCUGACUCUUGAGGACAAAGCUCUGAGAGUAGCUGCGUUUUUCCUGGUAAAAAUUCCUCGUUUCAAACCAACAACUUUUGCUUUUAGGGCUGGAAUUUUGCAAACGGAGAUCAGCAUCUAAUGUUCGACCAGCCGGGCAUUCCAGAUGGGAGACCAAAGCUAGUCAACCAGAAUGCCAGCACGCAAUCAAGACCAGUGUUCGAACCUCGGCAUCAACACAGCCGUUUCACUGCGGACGAGGAGGCGUACAGAAGCCUGUCUAACCCACGACACUGCCAGUAUAACCGUCCGAGUAUGGACUACUUCGAGACCUCAUCUGUGCGAGACUGGAAUCUUCCACGAGAUCGUCAGCCUCUGCCGAAGACCUCCAGUUUAAUGAAUGUACAUCGGGUGCCCGAAGUUCGUGACCGAUACCGAUCACGUGACUACGAGGUGCCCCUCAGCACUGGCCGCAAUCGGCACUGCUCCUCCUGUUCUUGCCUGAACAGUAUUCGAGACGAGGUUGGCCAGUACACCUCCGUGGGCACGAACACCGAGACGCCCUCCGCCACGGAGACCCUGCGUAGUUCCCUCAAGAGAGUGCAACUGCCGAAAACGCCUCUCAAUGCCAGGAGAGAUCGAGAGAAGACGUCAUCCCUGGCUAUGACCUGGCAGUCGCUGGGAAGUGAAGAGGAAAGACAGAGUGAUGAGGAGGCGGACAGGCGAGGAGGGGGAGGAGGAGAUAGCCGAGGAAACUCUGUUUCAAGGCCUGCCUAUCAAACGCCCCCGAUCUCACUGCCAAUUUCGAGCCCAAACAGCAGACGAGCCAACAGAAAGCCACCGACCACCGGGGGCCUCCGUUUGCCCCGCUCACAGCCCCUUAAAGCUCAACCUCGCGGUCAAACUGCCCACAGGACCUUCAAUGAGGUCGAGGAAGCAGCAGAUGAUGGCGACUUUGAGGAAGGAGAACGUUUCACAUGGAGGCGUGAAGGUAAAGAGGCCGCUGACCGUUCCCCUGCUUUUGGUGAAACGUCCGAUUUCCAAGAGUAUUCGCCGACGCCCUCCAAUCGGCGAACUUUACGGGCAGAAGAACAGGAGGAUCGCAGUUUCGUGAGGAUAUGAGAAGGAUUCAUCGGCAGUCCACCUCAUCAGGAGGAAGGAGCGGUCCUCAUUAAGGGUGUUGCAUAAUGAUUUUAAUCAUCAUCUGUAUAGAAGACGCUCUCUCACAUUUUAUGACCUCAAUGAACAAACUACCGGCGCUGAUUGACGUCGACGGGAAAUUCUACAAAAUGCUUGCGUUCAUCCUUCUUCCUUUGGAAGGUGUCAGAGAGGAACUGUACACACUGCUAAUCCCCUGACAUGAAUUCGCACCAAUUUUAAGUAUAUAUAUAAAGUGAUUUGUGUAAAUACGCACUUUCUUUUUGCCUGUCUCUGCGAGCUGGUUACCGAGGGUUAACUGUACAGAUAGUCAUAACUGCGAACCUUCUACUUGAAUUGAAAGGCAAAAUAAGCGUUGCAUGUUCUACCCGAGGACGUUUGUUAAAGACCUUGGUGGCUACGUCAGGACGUUUAAAUGCACUUGGCAUAAGGUAAGUAUCCAAAGAAAGAACGAAAACUGCAAGCUAUAAAUGGGAAAAAAGGACUAUAUGUAAAAAACAAAAUAGUAUUUUUCUUCGAUUUUAUGAUAUAAAAUUUGCGAAUUGGAGGCAUUAUUAAUUUACUCCUAAACAUUAUGCAAACUCUUGUGUAAAUUGGUCUAGUGAUAAGGACUGCUAGAUUAGCUUAUAUAUGUAUAUAUAAUGUUCCUUCGGACCGGCACACCGUUUGUUAUGCAGAUUUCCAAAACUAGAUCGCUAAACUCUCGCCAAACUUAAGGUUGAUGGCAUAAAUCACGGCGUAUAACUAAACUGACGAAAAAUCAUUGAUCGAUCAAAAACCGACAAAGGUUUGCGAACCAAAACCGUCUAUUAUUAACGAAAGACCUUCGUCAUAAAAAAGUAGAAUAAUUAUUAUGAGUAAUAUUACGUCAUUUGGAAGUUGCAACACUCUUAAGGAGGCUGAAAAUGCCGAAGAAUUCCAAUAAUUACGGACUUGAUUGAUAAAAGCCACCCUGCUCUAAUACGUUAUCACUAUAAAAUGUGCUCUGAUCUGUUGUAUUGUUUACAAGGAUUCGUGGAAAAAUAUUUGGCCGAUUUCUUCCUUUGAGUUAAAAAAAAUACUGAUCGUUUUUUCUGUCCCAGGCUACUAAAGGGUGUGAGAGGAGGGAAAGAGAUUAAAGCAGCGCAAGGCCGCUUAGCGAAUUUACGCGCAGUUCAUUACCUGAGUCAGCCAAAAUACAGGUGGCGGUGGUAUUAGUAGUAGUAGCAGUGGUAGUAAUGAUGGUGUUCUUCCUGUAAUAAUAGUGGUAGUAGUAUUAGUAAAAGUCGUUAGAGCAGUAACAACAUUAUCGCUAGUAGACGUAGUAGUAGUGGUAGUAGAGUAGUGGCAGCCACGGCAGUAGUAGUGGUAUUUGCGGUAGUAAAGUAAUAGUGAUGGCGGUAGUGAGAGUAGCAGUAGCAACCGUAAUAGCGUUCGCAAUAGUUGUGCUGGCAGCAUUAGUAGUGGUGGUGGUGGUAGUAGGGAUAGUAAUGAUAAUAAUAGUUCUAGCAGCAUGAUCAGUAGUAAUGACAGUAAAAAAAGGCAGAGGUAGCAUAAGUGAUGUUACUAAUGGUUGUAGCAGAAGUAGUAGUAGUAGUAGUUGUUGUUGUUGUAGUGGCAUAAGUAGUCGCAGUCAUAGUAGUAGUAGUAGUAGUAGUAGUAGUAGUAGUAGUAGUAGUAGUGAUAGCAGUAGAAAUAAUGACUAGUAGUAGAAAUAGUGGCAGUCGUGAAGAAGGAGACACGAUCGCUGGAACAAUAUUUGCGGUCAUAGUAGUAGUGGCACUAGUAGUGGUGGUGUUGGCAACAGUAGAAUUAGCAGUGGUGGCGGUAGUGUUUAUAGUUACAGCAGUAACAGUCGUAGUAACAGUGUUAUGAGUAAUAGUAGUAGCAGUAGUACUAGUUAUCACAGCAGUAUUCGUAAAGUCAACAGUAUCAGCGGCAACGGUAGUAGUAGUAGUAGUAGUAGUAGUAGUAGUCCCAAUAGUAGUAGUAGUAGUAGUAGUAGUAGUAGUAGUAGUAGUAGUAGUAGUAGUAGUAGUAGUAAUCGUAGAGCGACGAAAGUCUAAACUCAAUAAAAAAAUAAGCAUUUUACGAGAGGUAUGUUCCUUUCCAUUUUAACUAUAACACCCGCAUCCACUCUGUCGUUCUUGUCAAGAAUGAAUUCUCUAUAAUCUUCAUCCGCAAAAUGUGGCCCUAUAAAAUUCUCGGUCAGUGUCGAUUGCGGUAAAGCAGUCAAGCAUUUCUUGCCAACAGUGGGUGCGCGCGACAUGCAAAUCUCAUUUGGCACAUAGGCAAGGGUGCGGGUUGUUUGGGUACUGUUUGGUUCUGUGUCCUGCCAAAUUCCUUUGGCUAUGGCAACCACGGUGGCAACAUGGGUGUGUUUUCCGACUAGCAGAGUUUUUACAAGAACGCCUAACCAAGCGGCGACCUAAUGACCUCGCCUUCAGGCCACAUCAAGCAAUCCAAACUGCAAAGCAGGGUGUUCGCUGACGCCUGAGCAUACCUAUUGUACCUCAAAAGAAAGUGAACUUCAGGAAUAUCGGUUAUGAGACUAUGACUAUGACGGCAGAAUCUAUCAUGUGGAUUAAUACUUUGUAACACUAUCAGGCAUUGAAAAAGAACAGGCGGAAACAAAAAAGUGUUUGACAGUCUGAAUGGCUACUGUGCUAUUUUUAGGUCGAAUUUAAGCUUCAGCAUGUUAAGAGAAGUCAACAAGAAGGUGCUGCUGCUGCUGCUGCUGAUGAUGAUGAUGAUGAUGAUGAUGAUGAUGAUGAUGAUGAUGAUGAUGAUGAUGAUGAAGCAGCGCAAGACCACUUAACGAAUUUACGCGCAGUUCAUUACCUGAGCCAACCAAAAUACAGGUGGCGGUGGUAGUAGUAGUAGUAGUAGUAAUGAUGGUGUUCUUCCUGUAAUACUAGUGAUAGAAGUAUGGGUAAAAGUUGUUGUAGUAGUAACAGCAUUAUCGCUAGUAGUAGUAGUAGUUAUAGUGGUAGUAGUAGUAGUAGUAGUAGUAGUAGUAGUAGUAGUAGUAGUAGUAGUAGUAGUAGUAGUAGUAGUAGUAGUAGUAGUAGUAGUAAUAGUGGAAGUAGCAGUAGUAGAAAUAGCGGCAGUACCUUAUACUGUUACUGCUGCUGCUGCCGCUGCUGGUGAUGAUGAUGAUGAUGACGACGACGACGACGACGAUGACGAUGACGAUGAUGAUGAUGAUGAUGAUGAUGAUGAUGAUGAUGAUGAUGAUGAUGAUGAUGAUGAUGAUGAUGAUGAUGAUGAUGAUGAUGAUGAUGAUGAUGAUGAUGAUGAUGAUGAUGAUGAUGAUGAUGAUGAUGAUGAUGAUGAUGAUGACUUUGUGAGCACGGGCCUCUAUGAUAACAGUUAGUGUGCAGAAAGGUACAAUGGUGGUUUCUGCCGACAAUCGGAAGCAGCUCUUUUUUUUAGAAUUCUGUUCAGUUUUUCAGGGUUAGCUGAUCGCUAGACCAAUAGAAAAGCAUAUUCCGGUACCUAACCAUAGCUAGUUAUCGUCUAAAUUUAUUUUUCUAUUCGGCUCUUAUGGAAACCACGUUUUGGGUGACUGUGUUAAUAUCAAGGGAAGGCCUAUGCAACGAAAAACAGCAUGUAGCAGAUUGAUUUCAGUCUGUCCGCAAUUUUAACAACUAGAACCCUCUUAACGGCAGACUAUGAGGAACGGCAACCUCCGAAAAAUGUCGCCUACCCGUCUGUGCCAUUCCGGAUGCACCAUAUGGCAAUAAACCUAUGUGCCCACGAGCUACCACCAGUCAAUGCCCCCGCGUCUCCAGACAAUAAACCACGACUAAGACGCCGGACCGACCGAGUGCGCCGAUCAACACGGCCCAUGCAGGUCAGUCCACGCCAAAAGCGGUACCGAUCUACAUGGAGGGGAGGUGUUGCGAGUGUCUACACUCCCAAAACAGGAGUCAGCCAAUCACUGGAGGCCAGGUGCGUUUUCUCUACAGCUCUGUCAUCUUAAUAGUGGCGCCUCUGUAUUGGCUUUUCCCCUCGGGCCUGAUCGAUCUGCGUAUUCGAAUUAUCGACCAGCUCGUCUGGAAUGUUCUUCCCGAAGGACAUUCGGCCGAAUGGCGGCGAACAACAGUAGGGCGUUAUAAAUAUGCGUUAUUUCCUGUUAAUUUUGACUUGCAGUUUCCUAAUACACAUUUUCGUGGCCGGUCGCGUUCUCCUUCUCUGCCGCGUUAGUAUUGGGGACAAGAGUCGUGUACGCAUACGCUCCAACGUGCUUUUAAGUACCAGGCCGGGUGAUAACAACCCCCCCCCCCCAUCGUCUCCACAUUGACGUACCACUAAGGUAAAGAUAAGUGAGGGAGUUGUGAGUGCAACGGAUGCUUCGAAAGUCGCCGGUGCUGCAUCCACUUCUCGGAGCACAAGGUGGUCGUUUUCACUUGUGACCACCACAAUGCCAUUCUUUUCCGUAGGUUGUCAAUCAUCUUUCAGCCCCACUUCCAUUUGUCAGACUCCUGGAAUUGGUCAGAUGGGAUGGACCAUGGACAGAAAUUUUUGGCCUAAAUUCAUUUUGUAAGCGAGGGUUUUGUCGGGAGCACAGCACUGUCUUUCAAGUUUGAACCAUUGACACGGACUUGACUAAAUCACUGACCAGGAUGCCGUUAGGCAUUCAGAGAGCCUAUAGCCCGCAGCACGCUUCCAUUUUUCAACGAGAUCAAGGUAAAUUAACGCUUACCAAGCUUCAUCGUUUACUUGGCUUCCGGACAGUCUGGAUGUGUAGAAAGGCAUUCGUUUAGACUCAAGGUUACUAUUGUAUUGUGUAACAAAAAUAUAUCCUGGUGUAUGGUUAAUAGCUAUCGCAACGCGUAACAGGUCAUUGUUAUUGCACGUGAGUCAUAUCAGAAGAUGGAUUUUAGGUAUCUGUAACUAAAAAGAUACAUAGACGAGUGUCACAGCUGUGUCGUCCAACUCCGUUAAAUCAGAUGAAAUCAUUUGAACUGCUCAAGAACACUCAUCUUCAUUCUGAAUGCACAAAUCUACCCCACCUCAGACGUGCUGACCUGCAGCCAACUGACUGACUUCGGCAAGGCAGACGUACGUCCAGAUGGUAACAAGGGACCGUGCUCCGGCUGAAAAUAUAAUGCCGCAAGCAGUGCAAUGUAAGAAGGCUGUGGAAAAGGAGUUCCGCGCCUGCCUCACGAGACAGACGCAGGGGGGUUGACUUGCGAUGCACCCCUCUCACCCGCCAUAUUUCGUUGACAAGCCAAGGGUCAAAUGAACGGAGAUGGUCUCGGACGCGCAGUGGCCGACGCCUCUAAACAGCCCGUCUACGCGUGCAACACACAAGCCUCAAGUACGACGCUGUGGUGGGAAAGGAAUGCCGGAUCUCCCGUGAGUGAGACUGACAUAAGGAAGGAGCCAUUGGAAUCUAACGCUUAGUCUUGAGUAGAAACGAGUUGUCCUCUGAGAUAGUAACUGUCGAACUCAUGAUUGGUAGCGCAUCAUGGUAGUUUCGGCUCAUCAGAUGGCUUUGCUAUUGUUGGUCUCGCUCUUUCUCUCUCUUUUCUCUCCCAUCUACCAGUUGACUGUCUGGUAGACUGGGCUGGUGUAGUGUGAAGACCCCCCGCAGGAAACACAUCUGCCCACCGACGCGCCCAAAAAUCCCAACUUACCCAGUUUACAUGCACAGUGCUAAGUGACCAGUCCAACUGACUUUGUGUGUGGGGAGAGGGAUAAACUGACACACCGAUUGUGUGACAUCUACGGCAGCCGCGAGCGAUACAGAUGGCACAGGACCCCAGUUUUAAUGGAGAAAUUAUUCCGCGACAGUUCUAAUUCUCGAUCUACAGGCAGGGCGACUGUGAAGCAGUGGUCUGACAAUUACAUCGGUUUGUCAUUUGUAUCAUCUACAAACCGGCGUCCUCCAUAGGCGCAGCAUUAGCGCAUACGAACUGCCUGGAGAGGAGUAAAUUCAUGUAAUAUGAUUUUAUGCACAGAUUGCUACUGUGUUUACAGUGGCCAAACCAGCCAAUAAAUUAAGACAGGUUCUCCCCUGCAUUUUCCCCAACACUGCGAUUCCCACUGGAAGUUUAGCGAACAUGUUGGCGUCACUUACCCAUCCAGACUGAUCAUCCCCUCGUUGUCACUCAUCUUCCUUUAUACCGCUUACCAUUUUCCUAUAUACCGAUCUCCUUUUUUCUAGCAUACAGCUUGUACCUGUUUGCCUAUUCUUUCUUCCUGACUGGUGAGGACAAUACAUGUCCAAUUACCUCGCUUUACGUUUUGCCGUGUGUUGUAAGCUCAAAGUUUGAAGUGUUAAUUGGUUUUUGCACAUUUUCUCAAGUUUGACAACGACCUGCGGAGCCAGCAUCAAACAUUUACUAAGACAAUUUUCAGUUCUUCGCAAAGAACAUGUUUGCCUUCAUAUUAUGUUUCUUGGGAUGCCUGUAUUCUAAUAAAUGUACAUAUAAACACAAGGGACCUAUUUAAACCAUGCAGUUCUCACAUUUCCUAUUUCCGAUGAUGCGCUCGAGUGUGAGCGUGAAACGUCAGAUGAAUAAAUCAUCAUCCCCAGAGCUCUUCUAACCCCUUUUUCAAUCUCAACACCCGGAGUCAGCAUAUGCGCCUAUAUCCAUAUCAAGUGAAUAAUUCCAAAAAAUGCUCAGUGUGGGACGUCGAGUUUAAGUCUCCGGGACAUGAUUUUUUAGGAUCAGAACCGAAAUUUCAGUGAACAUUUGAGUCAAAGACAAUCGACUUCUGUGUCCAUUCGACAAAUAAGUAGUACUUGGAGUAGUAUGAGACGUAUAUUUCGAAUGUAUGAUGCCGCACUCCCGACAUGGGUACUAACUUAAAGCCUAGACACGUGUUUUGCCGAUAUUCUGUCACUGUGUCAUUUAACUGCGAGGAGCUCGGCUCAUCAGUGGGUCCCCCAGCGUUCCCUCUGCAGUUUCUUUUUAAGUACGAUGCGGUGGUUGGAAAAGAAUCCCUGAAUUCGCAUAAGACUGCCAAGGCUCGAACUGGCGACCUGUCAGUUUGAAGUCCACGCCUCCAGCCACUGGGCCACGGGUGUUCCACACUUCGGGUUUGGGUAUGACUGGCUAACGACAGCUAAUACGCCAGAAAUGGCCAUUUCAGUCUCCCUUGACUUUGUCGGUAAUAACAUACUGCCAAUUUCAUGCGCCGCUGUGCGGCUGCUUGUUGGGCUCGAGAGAGAGCCCAUAAAGCACAGCGGAACGGGUGAGUUCCGUAAGAACGAUUGGUGAGCGCGUCCUACCAUUAUAAACAUAUAUAUGUAAUGGUUUUACCGAGAAGGCGAGUGAGUUCCGUAGAAACGACCUAAACGUCGGCUUUUAUGUCCAUACUUCGUGGAAAAGCAUUAAAAUUUCAUUAGUCGAGGGCGUUCCGUUAGUUUAAACAAUUGUUUCAUUUGCUCUUAUCCUUACGAAUUAUGGGCCUAAAUGAGACAUCCUUGUUUGCGUGUUCUGUAAAAGUAACAUAUGGAAAAGUGGAUUUGCCCUGAUAUUUUCAAUCGGAAGUAUCCAUUCCCAUAGGCUUCGUGAGGUUUAUUGGCCCUAGUCAUGCCUAAGCCUCCUGCCCACAGCUAAAACUCUCGUCACAGUAUGAGCUGGUUUAUGUAGUCAUCACUUCCACGAGACGUUGCACUAGCAGUUCCAGCAAGGCGCUCUAUUCAAUCCAUUGAUUUAUCGAUUUUCCCUGCUGACAGAGAUAUACGUUCUCGUAAACCCAGCUCUCGUACCCGGAUCUGAUUGGCUGACGCGCUGUAACGACUGGCAGUUGGAGCGCACUGUUGGUUUCGACUGCUUUUCAGGCAUCUGCACAAAAUAAAUUUCUUUAACUAGUAUCUCCCGUCUUCGAGUGUUUACGGGAUAUGUUGGCGUUUUCAGGCUCUCCAGUUGCCACCUCACGUAGCCAAAAAGACACGCACUCGCUCUUACAGCGCUCAGUCCUCUCAAACUUGCUCUGUCAUCCUGCUAAGAAGAUGGUCUACCCUGAGUUUGUGAUUAAGCUCUACACCAGCGUAAACACCUACGCGUACUGAGCCGCAAGCAUAGGUUUGACGGCAGUCGUUCGCCUCCUUAGCGUCAGAGCUCGGAAAUCGAUAGUCACACUCGAGUCAUGCACAAGCCUGCGCGCAGAUGUGACGAAGGACUUUGCCUGACGUAUUUUUUUUUUACUUCUUCUGAUUUCUCGACCCCAGCCCUAGACCCACCAGGUUUUGCUGAUAACGGCAGAUUCUUCAGUAGUGAUAGCGAGAGCGGUGGUGAUACUGGUGGUGGGUUUGGUGAUAUUAUUAUUAUUAUUAUUAUUAGUAGUAGUAGUAGUAGUAGUAGUAGUAGUAGUAGUAGUAGCAAUGGUAGAGCGAAUGAAGUCUAAAGAUCUUCAAAGCCAAUGGCUACCCGCCCAACUUCGUCAACCGGUGCAUACGCAAAAGGAACAAAAGGCAAAACCGCAAGGACUCCAAAUUUUGGCGAGGGCUUCCGUAUGACAGGAAUUUUUCGGAAUCUGUCGAACGCCUGCUGGCGCCACCUGGGUUUGGAGUUGCACACAGACCGGUAGCAACCAUCAAGCGUACCGUAAUGACCGCUGCCACGGCAAGAAACGUCUGGAGUCGUUUAUCGUCGGAGAAACCGGAAGACGUCUCCGAACGCGAAUGGCCGAACACGCUGCAGCGGUGCGGAGAAAUGGCGUUAGCUCUCAAUUUGCGGCUCAUUAGACGAGAUCCGGUUACACAUCCAAAUUCAACAAGGCCGAAAUUCUUGCAAGAGGUGACAACCGCGUGAGCCGGGAGCUGCUUGAGUCAUGGCUCACUGUCCCCCCCUUUAACAAGUGCAACGACCUUCCCAUUUCAUACUCGAUGCUGAGACUUCGCCUAGACGGAGUAAUUAGCCACGCGCGGAGCGCGCAGAUGAAUACUCUUCCCAACACCAGGGUCAGUGGAUCAGAUGGUCGACCAAUUAUCACACCAACAUCCGACAGAUGUGAUGAAAUUGCAGCAAUUAACUACGCAAAUGUCGGCCAUCAAACAGUCAUCACACCAAUUGCAAGGAUUCCUGAUGAAGGGGGAGAGCCGUGAAUAUUCAUAGGAAUGCGAUAGCAUGGCGACUGCAUCCGAUAAAUACUGCAGCCCCUUGUACCUGAAUCACCCCUAUCUGCUUUUGUCUCUGAUGAUGAAUUCGAGCAGGAAUCCCAAACGUCAGGCAAAUAAAUCUCUUGUCCCAGCCAUCGUGUCUCCUUCUUCACGACUGCUUUCUGGGGCUCGUCUCUUCAUUUCUAUAACAGCAUGUCGACACUUGAUGGUCGGCAUGUAAGUUGUUAAUUGUUGAAAUCUCAUCAUCUGUUUUGGAUGCUGGCGUAAUGAUCGUUCGGCCAUCUGGCUCAACGGCUAGCGCUCUCCCCAGUGGUCAAUUACAUUGACCAGCCUAUGCCUCGGCACCCAAUAUGGAGUGGGGAUGUCGUUGCAUUUGUUGAUAUACCUAGGUCCUGCGACACAUGACUGAAGCGACUCGCGACCCACGCAACUAUCAUCUUUCGCGAGGAAUUCUGCCUCAUUUAACUUCAAUGAGUGGCGGGGUCCCGUUGGAUUGACCGCGACCUGAGCGAUUGGCGUCAUUUCUAUGCUCUGCUGCCGCGGGUUCGACGAUUCGCGUCCAGAGCAGUCCUUCAGUUUCUUAGACAUAAUUACUUUGUCCGCAACUGCACCAGAUCCGGUAAACGACCCCAGACGUUUCUUGCUGUGGCAGUGGGUCUUUUAGUCUCAUCACCUGACGCCUUAUGGUGGCCUCCAUUAAGCAAUUAGCGCACCAACGGACAACAAUUUUGGAUGAAGGCGAGAGCGGCUAAUUGUCGUAGGUAUGCAUUAGCAUAGUGACUGCAUCCUAUAAAAACUGAAACUUCCUGUGCACGAAGCAUCCGUUUCUGUCACUGUCUCUGAUGAUGGGUUCAAGUGAGAAUCCGAAACGUCAGGUGAAAAAAAGUGAUUGCUUCUACUUCUUAUUAACUAUUUCCUGGAACUCGCAUCUUCGCUUGUAUCGGCAAGUUGCCUAUUGUUCUGAGCACUCGAAGGCGUGCAGGAGCUGAUAGCAAUAUUCGCACAAGCGACAGUUAAAGGGCUCAUCAGCAAAUCGGCGAACUGUGUCUCAGGGCUGGAUGUGAUUCCACAGGACUCUGUGUGCGGACAUCAGAUCAGUACAUAGACUGGCUGCGUUCUCAUCCUAGAUCCAAGUUCCAAUUAACUUUCAGCCUGUUUUUCCUCCGGAAUCAGAGAUUAUCUUGGCAUCUGCGAAGUUGAACUCAUGACCCCUUCCGAAGGUCUGGGCAGCUAUUUGUGAAAACGCCCCAUACCACCGUACAGCCAAUCUAUUUACGUGUAUGCGCGAUCUAUGCGCGUGUAUGCGCGGUCUAACUAAUCUGUUCUUAGGCUCACCUGCUCUACACCUGAUUCUCUCAAUUAGCGGGGCGGCCCUCUUCGCUUGCCUGCUGGUUUUUGACACCCACUUGAUCAUGAAGCGUUUCUCUGCGGAGGAGUACAUAGCUGCCUCGAUAACACUCUUCCUCUACAUCCUUCGCAUCCUCCAGGCGGCCGAAAACCAGUAG